AUGGUAAUUAACGGAUUCGUUGAUAAAACCACAACAAGAGACUUCCAGCCUGCUGUGGUUCAUCUACAAGGACAGGAAACCACUAUUCAGGUUAAGGAAGACCUGUCUGAAGGUGUCUUGAGGAACUGGAAGAUGGUGUCGAUCCACCACCGUGUCUUCAAGAUGCACUCUCGCUCCGGACAACUGGAGGUCCUACUGGACGGCAUCUACUUCAUAUAUAGUCAGGUGUACUAUCUGAACUUCACGGACAUUGCCAGCUACGAGGUGAUGGUAGACUCCACCCCCUUCCUGCGUUGUACCUGCAGCAUGGAGACGGGGCAGAGGAAGUUCAACACGUGCUACACGGCGGGGGUCAGCCUGCUGAGGGCGGGACAAAGGAUCUCCAUCAGGAUGGUCUAUGAUGACACGCUGAUCAGCAUGACCAAUCAUACUACGUUCCUGGGGAGCGUCAGGCUG